AUGGGCGGGACGUCGAAAGUCUUCGCGGCCGUCUCUUGGGUUGCGCGGCAGACCAAUGCGGCCACUGGCGAAGCGUCCGAUCCAUGGGCCAUAGGACAGUCCGGGGCGGGCUCAACGACCGCCGCAGACCUACUCAGGAACUUUCGAUGGGUCAGUAUAGUUGAUGAGGUCAUACUUAUCUUCACUGUUAUCGGCUCCUUCUCCAUCCUCGCGUCGAUGUUCUGGCUCGAGUACAAAGGUCGGCCAGCGACAACGCGCAUGCGGAUCGUCCAGUCCCUCGUCCUUUCCGACCUCAUACUCGGGCUCGUCGGCAUCGUCGGAACCUCUUUGGUCCUCUCUGGCAAACCCCUCGAGGCCGGCACAGGCGCCUGUAGCGGGCUAGGAUACUGCCUCGUCGUCGUGCUCUGGACGGAACAUUUAUGGACUCUCAUCCUCGCCAUCGCAACAUAUAUGAUCCUCAUCUACCCCUUACAUCCCGCAACUCUUUGGCUCGAACGAAGAUGGUACUACCUGUGGCUCCUUGUUUGGGUCAUCGCGGCUGCCAUGGGUAUCAUCGGAUACUUCGUCUUCGGAUACUUCCCGAACGGAGGAAUCUGCUACUACGGCCAGAACUCUGGCCUAUACGGAGAGCUUAUUCAGUUUAUACCUCGCGCGACGGUCAUGCUUCUCAUCACUAUCCUUUACGCCCGCCUCUUUGUCUUCCUCCGCCGGCCCGACCGUAUCCGCGCUUCGUUCUCCGACUCCUCCAAUGGCGAGAUGUACGAAUCCAAGCCGCAAUCCCGCGCACACUACAUCUUUCGCAGCCGCAAUCUCGCCGCGCUCCUCAGUCGGGGUCGGGCGGGAUCAAAGGGGACAGAUAGCUCGGACAAGGGACCGCUACAUCCCCCAAACGAAAAGAGCGUACGGAUCGAGGUGCCGUCCGCUAGAUCUAAGGCUACACCUGCAGGCCUGCGGUCGACUGGCGAGUCUAGCCUCGGAGCGCCUACGCGACCAUAUCACCUCCCCACACCCCCUUCUACGCCGGACGAGCCGGCCCCAUGGGAGCAGGUCCAACUGCCCAUCUUCCACGUUGACGGAGAGCGAUUCGGUGGACGCUCGGCCGGGGGAGGAAGCAACGAGCUACGCAAGGAGACGAGCUCGAUCUGGAGUGGAUGGAAAGGGAUGGGGAAGAAUGAUAGGGAAAGGGGCAGGACAAGGGGUGGCGAGCAUCGCCCAUCCGUCACGUCGUCAUCCUCGCCGCCGCCGACCGCGCGGUCAAACUUCGGCUCGGUAUCGACUGCAUCGCGAGAUCCGCCCGGCUCGCCAAAGUCCGCUACUUUUGCAAGUGGCGCCUUCCCGCCCACGGCGGAAGAUGACUUUGAGCCACCCUCGCUGCACGGGGAUGUCGGUCCGGACCGCACGCCCACGCAGACACGUUAUAAUGCCGGGGACGUAUGGCAGACGGCCCCAGCGGACCGGCAGGGGUCAGUAUCUUCCUCCCUUGGGGAACGGGUCGAGCGGUUCCGCAAGCCGUCAGCCGUUUCUGCAUUCGAGUAUCGUGUGACAGAGGAGCCGGAAGUGCCAGACACGGCCUCCAAUUCCCGUCGCGGGUCGGGCGCCAUACAAAACGAUGUCGGUCGGCUAGCAGCCACGCCCAAUGGCAGCCAAAUCGAGGAGGAGAAGGCUGGAUACCCCUACCCUGGAACGGCUGCGACCAGCAGCCAGUCCACCUCUCGACCAAGGCAGCACCAGAGGUCGGCGACGGGCGACGAGGAAGAUCGGGACGGAGAGGAGGAGGGCGAUGAUGACUGGGAUCUGAUGCGGAUGCUGCAGGCUUCGGCGCCGGCGGCGGAUCCGUCCCGCUCGCAUGUGGAGGAUCAGGUGGAAUUUGUCGAGGAGAGCAUGGCGAGCUAUCUGAAUCGAAAGACUGCUUUGUUGAUGUUGUGGUUCCCUCUUGGUUAUGUUUUGUUGUUUUCAGUAUCUCUGGUUCGGAUCAUCUAUGACUUUGCUGGAUCACCGCCAAUAGAGCUUCGGGCGCUAUCUAGAUGGUUCAUCUUUUCUCAGGGUGUCUUGGACGCCCUCAUCUACGGCUUGGUAGAGUGGCACACCAAGCGAGUCGUCCGGAAACGUGUGCGCAAGGGCACCUUCAAUACCCCCUCGGGGUCUCGCAACGCCGGCGGAAGCAACGCCGGUACCGGCUCCGCACUUGGCGCACUGCGCGCCAUCGGUCAAGGAUCUCGCGGUCUCUUCUCAUCUCGCGGCUCCGUGCAGGCAGGCGUCAACGCCCCGACCCGGAGUGGAGGCGGUAUUCCAGUCUCUGAUCGAGGAGGGCUUGGGAACAGCCAGACCCGAUCGAGAAUGUCUAAUCGGACACCUACGACCUCCUUCAUCCCUGCUAUCCCGGAAGGCCAUUCGCUGGAUCGUGAGAUAGGCGAGGAGAGUGAAGGCGAUGGGGAUCUCGAGGUGACGCCGCGUCGGUCAGGCACGGGGUCCGGGUCGGGGUAUGAGGUGGAGGAGGACUCGACGAGGAAGGGGAGCACGGCGAGUGAGAUGGGGACGGUGUUGGAGGUGGUUCCUGGAGGGACAGAAGAGGAUGGGCGGAAGAGGGAAAGGAGGAAAGAAUGA